AUGUGCAAAAAGCCCUCAUGCAAGAAGCUGCUCCCCAGCGGGCACAGACAAUCCGGGAGGCUGGAUGGAACCCUGCUGGGCCAGGGCAUUGAGGAGCAGAAGAGGCUGCCCACCUUCAACAGGACCCUGGCAUUGCUCUGACAAGUCAUCAAGUCCUCCAACACUCACUACAGCGCCCUGGCCUGGUGCUACCUGGACAUGCUGCUGGAAAGGAAAGAAACAUUUUCCACCACCCCAAUGCCAGUCCAGGACUGUGGCUUCUCUGAGACUGACCCCCUCGAUUGCUUUGGCAAGGCGAUAGAAAUGGUGAAAGACAACCCUCCCAUCCUGCACCGCCUGGCAAAACUCUUCCACUUCCUAGGCAAGCAGGAGAUGGAAGGGGUAUGCAAUAUGGUACUGGAUGUGCUGGGGGACCCAUAGCUCAACUGGCAGGCGUACUGCACCCAGGCACAGGUACAUCCUCAUCGGGGCCAGCACAGCGUGCUGGGUGUCCAAGGUGAGAUGGGACAGGGCCUGGUGCCUGACAGAAUGAAGCUCAUGCAUGCUAAAAACGCCCUGAAAAGCCUUCUCAAGGUCUGUCCCUGCCCAAGGACACUCCUGGACAUGGGCCAGGUGAGGUAUUACAUAAGGGUGGAUGCUGUGCAAGAACUGCUCCUGGUAGAUGAAACUCUGCACAAGGCUGUGGAGUUUGACCUGGGCAAUACCGUACCCGAACUGCAGCUCUUCAGAGGCAAAUGCCUGUGGCUUAAAAGCCAAGAAACACUUGCUAUCGAGUGCUUCAAGUGGGCCAUUGGACUGGACAAUGUGAGCUCCACUGAGAGCUUGUGGUGGCUCCUGGAGCCACUGCUCGUGCUCUUUGGCCAGAAGAAGCUGAAGAUGGAAGCGUUGAUGCAGGAGGUGGAGCAGUGGGUUAAGAAAGCCAAGGAGAAAUUCCCACAGCAGCGCUUGAAGCAGGAGCUGAGGGCAGUUGGCUGCAACCGCACAACAGAGGUGACCAGGCUUCGCAAAGCCACGAUGGCUUGCAGGAACAUGGAGCUGGUGAACCUGCUGUUUGAGAUGAUGAAGGUCAGUUCUUCCAAGGGCAGGAUGAACGAGCAGUCACUGUCCCGCUGA